UUAAAACAAUCGGUCGUCUGUGAUUCAUCGGACAUAUAGGAUGACAUAUUCUAUUUUAACAUGGACUAUCUUUUAAAAUAGAGAAAUUGUGUAUAUAACGAGUGGUAGUAUUCUGUUCAGUUUUACUGCAAUAUUAAGAACUAUUCUGCACUUUUAAGUGCAAAACAAGCAAAAACAAAAACAUGAUGUCCAUCCUAAGUACUUUCAGUCUAUUGUGUAAUGCGAUGUUUUCGUUUUCAUUUUCGAUAUCUAUUGGACAAGUUGAAACUCUGUGUGGUGAUAUUAGAGAUUGUAAAGUAUCAUGUUCUGCGCAACAUUUAAAGUACUGUUCUGAUCCAACAAGAUACCUACAAGGCGUAUGUAAGAACACAACUGGUGGGUGCAUAUGUCAACCAGGUCGAGUAGGAUCAGUGUGCCAAAUAGAGUGUGACCGUGGAUAUUAUGGACAUGCAUGUGGGAAGAUGUGUGACUGUGACAACACUCGCUGUAAUAGAGCUACUGGAUGCCCAACACCAGGUUACCUUACAACAAAAUUUAUUCCACCACCACCAGUCUCGACAAACAAAUGGACAACUUACAAACGGGAACCAACUACAAGUUUCACAAAAAAUUCGACAACUUCAAAUAUUAAUAAACAGCCACCUACUACAACCAACAGAGGAUCAAUGGUCGAAACGUCAACAAAGAACUUAACACUUAAUGAUGGAAUCCAUGAAACAGAUAAAUCCCAAGUUCAAAUUUCCACGCAAAUGAUAAUAAUCAUAAUAGUAUCUACUGUAGUUGGCAUCAUGGUAGCCAUCAGCAUAUGUUUGAUGGUUAAAAAGUACAAAUCAAACAAAUCUAUAACAAAACACAUAGAAAGGGCACAAGACAACAGUACAGCUCAGUUGUUUUCAGACGGAACUAGAACUAGAAGUGGAAAUGACUAUGAAGGUAUUGAUACACGAUUUGAUAACACAGAAAACCUGCAAGUUAACAGCACCGAUGAACAGGUUGUGGACGGUUAUUUAUACGUAGAUAUUAACCUGGAAAAUAACAGACCAAAUGCUGAACCUAACAAUCAGCCUAUUACUAUCGAUAACUACACGGAAAUUAGGGACGCAGAUCUUAAUCAAUCAAUAGAAGAAAACGAAGAAGUUGAAGGCUCCUUAGAACAGAUCGUGAAUAGUUAUUCAUACAUCGAUAUUAACCUGGAAAAGGAACCACACAAUGUCCAAAUAAAUGAUCAGGUCUUGACUAUUGAUAAUUAUAUGGAAAUUAGAGAUGAAGAUCUAAAUCAAGCAGAGGAAGUCAGCUUGACGCAAUCUUAUAUGUCACCUAAUGACAUCACUGAAAUACCAGCAUUGUUCAAACCUGACAAUGCAUAUACAGUCGUGUCUGAUCUUCGACAGAUUACGAUUGAUUUAUCUGAUGUUCCAACAAUAAUGAACAAAAAGGAAGAAGUAUACAAUAUUCUUAACCGGACACCAAAACCGGCCAGGCAUUUUGAUACUAACUAUGACCAUGUAACCCCAAACGACGAAUUAUACAAUGACUUGAAUUUUACUUUAAAGUAAGAUGAUAUUAUAACAUUAUUGUAAUUGCAUGCUACCCUUGAAAUAUGAAGCAGUAGACACAAUCAGAUGUGUCAUCAUCUCAACCGUAUUAAA